AUGAAAGUCUGGGCCUUUGCUGGACCGAUGUCUCCCGGAGAAGCUGCAGACUUCCGAAAGAAGUGGAAGUCGCCAACAAUGCCAAAACUCAACCACAGUGUUCGGGAGAAUCACAAGAUCUUGGAUGGGGAGCGAGGAUUUGAACGAUUUGGCCGGGAGCUAGCAGACUGUCAUUCAACUUCCUGGCAAGAAUACUGGCCUUUUCUGGAUGCAUUCGCUGAUCUGCGUUCUGAAGAGGGGCUUGACAAACUGAACCUUUUCUUUCACAAACAGGAAGUCAUACAUUUUGUUCAGGCACUUCUCAGGGGAGAAAACUUUGUACCUGCUGAACAGUACACAGUCAAUAACGAGUUUAUAUUAGAUCAAGACUUGUCCGAGCUUGAAGAGAGUGAGGACGAAAAUGAUGGUUACUUUUCUGCAGAUAGUCAUUCAUUCAGUGAGGAUGACAGCUCAGAUGUUAGCAGCAGCAUUGCUGGGGAAAGAAGUGCGGGUUCUUCGAGCAUCAAUACCUCUCGAGGUAUGUUCUUCUCUCUGUGGGGUGGCGUUGUAAAAUUAAUUAAAAAGCUCACACCUAGUUUUGGCAGGCAUGAACAGAACGGGAACAGUUUGUCUUGUGCUCCAGUUACAAAUGCAGAAGAACAAUCUCAGCAGUCUUCUGUCACCAGUCUAGAAUCUCCAACUUCCCCAUGUAACAAUCAUACAGAUAGUGAAUCUUGUGAAAGUAAUCAGACAGAUGUGACAGCCAGUUUCACAAUGCCUGAUGACACCACACAGACACAACAAGCAGUGACAUUGUCUUGUACAAAUGGAGACACACAGCUUGAUGUGCAGAUCAAUGAUUUAGGAAAUUCUAGUUUUCAGUGUCAGGAACAUGUGCAUAGGGUCACUGACAGCCUUUCAGGUGAACAAUGUGUUGUGUCAGAAGAAGCAGACAUGGACUUAUCUCGAACUCCUGAGAAAUGGAAGUACAGAACUCUUGGAAAGAGUUUGAUAUCGGAUUCACCAAGUCCAGAGAAAGCAUUCUCUGACAAUCUUUCUCCAUCCUCUGACCAAGAUGAGGUGUCUCCAGCUUAUCCGCAACCUAGAAAUGGACAUAGACUGAAUGUAGAUUCCUUGGACUCCCCACAAGACAGAGCCCUGUCCAGCAAACAGAAUUCAUGUGAAGCUCAUCUAGAUGACAGUUUUAAUACCAAAAUGGACACCUUCUCUACCACCUUGCAGAAGUUUACCAUACUCUCACCAACAGCCUCUCCAGCAAUGUCUGCUACAAACACAUCUUCAGCUCCGUCCAGCAUACUCACUGAAGAACCAUGUGUUCACAUUUUCACUGGUAAAAUGUUUUCUAAGUUUGUGUCAGAACUAAAGUCCAGAAAGUAUACAAGUGCUGCAAAAGAAAUACCAGAAGAUCCAUCUGAGCUGCCCACAGUUUUUAUAAGACAAGCUGAUGAUAACUCUGUACUGGCAGACGUCUUUCUUCCCAUGCCACAGAGAGCAGAAGAUUCAUGGUUAAAACCCCGAGGACGCAUUCUGGAUGAACUCACCCAUAAAGAAGUUAUAAAAAAUGUGUGGGUAAACUUCCUGGUUGUCUUCCCUACAUCUGAUGGAGCUAACAGAAUCCUGAGUCUUUCAGAGGAUGCAGUUGUUUGUGCAGUGGUUGAGGGGGUGCAGGACGACAAAGACACCUACACCUUCAGCAGCACUGGGAAAGUAGAUUCACAGAGCUUGACAUAUUUGUUUUUAACAAGUAAAGAUAGUCUUGUGGACUCCAAAAACACAUUCACAUUGUUUGUGAGGAUAGUCAGGAGUGCCACACUCCCUGUCAGGGAUGUUUUUAUUUGUGGGCUGCCUAGUCCCUCAAGAGUUUUGCGGUCAGAAAGAAGAGAACCCCCACCGCUGAGUCCAUUAGUCAGUACACCAGUGCGGCCAAUCAGGCAGCCAGAAAUGGUUGAUUCCUCAUCUGCAGGACAGGCACACAGUGACUCGGUUGUGAGGAACUUGUUUAAUAGCUGA